UUUGUUAAAAGGAGAACACUUCCGACUUCUGGUUUCCGGUACAAGCCUACUUCCUUUUUAGCAAACCAUAAUCAUGGCGCAGCAGCUAUCGAAGAAGAGAAAGUUUGUGACCGAUGGAAUCUUCAAAGCUGAGCUUAACGAGUUUUUGACUCGUGAGCUGGCUGAGGAUGGGUACAGCGGUGUGGAGGUGCGCGUCACCCCUACCCGUACUGAGAUCAUCAUCCUGGCCACCCGUACCCAGAACGUUUUGGGAGAGAAGGGUCGCCGCAUCAGGGAGUUGACAUCUGUUGUGCAGAAAAGAUUUGGCUUUCCCGAGGGAACAGUUGAGCUGUAUGCCGAGAAGGUUGCCACCCGUGGUCUCUGUGCUAUUGCUCAGUGUGAAUCUUUGAGAUACAAACUGAUUGGAGGUCUUGCUGUCAGAAGGGCCUGUUAUGGUGUCUUGAGAUUCAUCAUGGAGUCCGGCGCCAAGGGCUGUGAAGUCGUCGUGUCCGGAAAACUGAGAGGCCAGAGGGCAAAGUCCAUGAAGUUCACCGACGGACUCAUGAUCCACAGCGGUGAGCCGCUGAACGACUACGUGGACACCGCUGUCAGACACGUCUUGUUGAGACAAGGUGUAUUGGGCAUCAAAGUAAAGAUCAUGUUGCCGUGGGAUCCCACUGGCAAGAUUGGCCCUAGGCGCCCCCUGCCCGACCACGUCAGCAUCGUGGAACCCAAGGACGAGGCCCCGCCCGCACAGCCCUACAGCGAAGCCAAGGGGGUCAAGCCCACGGACGCUCCUCCAUCUGCCCUGGGACCUGUCGGCCCUGCUCCGUGAAGUGGAUCAAGCCAUGUGGAGUUGGAAGAUUAGGUGUUGAAUUGACAACCAAUUAUAAUAAACUCAAAGAGAGUUACACAG